AUGGGUGCUCACUUGUCGACAGCCCAGAAGAAACUGUUUAAUAAUGUUUUGGGAAUCCUGUUAAAUGGGGGUUUUGAUAAGGUUAAGAAGAAGGAAAUUCGUAAAUUAAUCCUUUGGCUAUCCUCCCAGUUCCCAGAGGCUUCCCCCGAACAAAUUAAAGAUUUGGCCUUUUGGAAAAGAGUAUGCAAAAUCUUAGAGAAUUCGGCGAAAACGGGGGAUUCCUCAAUGCAGCGAAUUAUGUUCUGGGCCCUUCAAAUUAAGAAGGUUUUACAGUCCCAGAAGGGAGAAAGAGGGCAACCAAAGGACAAAAGUUGUUUGUUGGAUGUUAAUGUCCCUGGUUCGAGUUCAGUCCCUGCUUCUCCCCGUCUCCCUAAAACCCGUUCUCCUUCGCCCUCUUCCCGUAGGCAAGGAAUCUUGAAGGGAGCAGCCCGCGACAGCACCGCGCUGGGCAAUUACCAUCGCCCGGGCUCUCUUCAGGAAUCCCAAUCCCCCCGCUCGAGGAGUCCUGGCCAGACUCCUCGGGGCUCUCCCCUUCCCCGUUUUUCCAAAAUCACCCGUUCCCCCGGUUUGAAGAAAGUUAGUUUCAACCUACCCCCUUCACCUUCUUCCCCACUUGUCCCCCAGUCUGUCCCUUCUCUUACCUCCCAAGAUGGCUCCUUGACACCACAAAAUGGCGGACGCCACGUGGCGUUUCCCGCCAAGGAGCCUUCCCCUUCCCAGAAUCCCAUUCCCCUGUCCCGUCAUAACCCUUUCCGUUCCCUCCCCUCCCAAGAUCCCUCCUUCUUUGACUCCCUUCCGCCUUCCGCUCCACCCCUGGUCUCUGCCCUUCCUGGGGACGCCCCUCCUCCCUCGUACCACGCCUUGCAGGCGGAGUCCACGCCAUCUUUGCACUCCGCCCCCAUCCCUGGCUCCUCUCACUCCACCCUGGUUUCCGGUUCACACGGUCCUCCUUCCGGUUCCCACGGUCCAUCGGGGGCUGGGGGGGGGGCCGAGGCCCGGAAGCUGGAGCCGCAGCCUAACAUCAUAGCGGCUCCGGUUAAUUACUUGCCGGGGGUGAAUGGGGGGACCCAGCCCCAAUGGACUCCUCUUCCGCACAGUGUAAUCCGAGAGCUGGUGAAAGCUCAAAAGGACUACUCCCGGGAGAGUGAAUUCUUCCGGGGGUUGCUCAGAGCCACCCUCUCGGAUUCAGUGGUAGUCCCUGCUGAUCUUAGGCAGUUGUUCUCAUGUUUGCUCAACCCAACUGAAUUCCUAGUUUGGGAAUCUCGUUGGAAAAAUGAAAUUUCUAAAAUACUACCCCGUCUUUGGGAAAAUCGAGCAACUGCUGUAGACCAGCAGGGAGCAAUGAUUUCCAACGACCACCUGUGCGGAACCGGACCCUGGGCAGAUGGGGCCACGCAGGCGUGGCACAUUCCAUCAGCUGCACUAAAAGAGGGGGCGAAAGCAGCAGAAACAGCUUUUCUCACUAUGCGUGCAACCGCGGUUCCCACAACCCCAUUUGCACAAAUAUUCCAACACCCUAAUGAACCGUUUUUAAGUUUUGUAGAGAGGCUACGGCGAGCGGUUGAGGCGCAGGUCAGGGACGAGUCCUCCAGGCUGGGGACGAUUACAGAGUUGGCCCGAUCCAACGCCAACUCUGCAUGUAAAGCCGCUAUCCUCAGUCUGCCCAUGGACUCCCCUCCUACGCUUCAGCAAAUGGUGGACAUCUGUGAGCUAAAGGUCACCGUUAGCCAGGAAGACCCAGAUGUUCGUCAGAAGACACCUGCCCAACGUCGAGUCGCUUUUACCAACUUUGAAGACAGCUCUCCUGUGUUAACCACUGCUGCAGUUACUACCAAUCCACCUACCCCAGGAUCGCAGCGGAGACAGCAAAAUCCUUGCCAUUUGUGUGCGAAAAAACUAAUAGCGAAGCGCGCCUCCUCCCCGCGCUCAGACAAAAGUAGGGAAGGCCCAAAAAUAUCAUCCGGCGGGGAGGGAGAGAAGGAGGGAAACCUCCAGACAGGCGGGCCUGUUGCCAAUGAUGACCAUGUUUCACCGGAUUUGACUUUAACUAAUCCCAAUUUGUCUCUUUGUUUCCAGGCGGUGUCAAGGCCGAUUUUAACAUCUUUUUCCAUCCACUCACCGUUUCGGCUGCAACUGACGGAGCCGCUUCAUCUUACCAACUCCGACAUUGUUUCGGUUACCGUCAGCCCGAAGGAACCAGGUACCUGGCAGCGAAUCUGUGGCAGGUUUGUCGUUGUCGGAGACACCAAGUACACACCACACGAGAUCACUAUAGUCCCGGGUCUUUUGGCAACCGACCCGGGACAGUUUGAAAUUGCCGUUUUUUCCACCAGCCCACCCACCUUUUUGCCUCGGGGUCAGAUCGUAGCUCAAGCUAUACCUGUCCCUGAGUGGCCCUGGGUCCCAGGUUCUCCAAAACCUCAAAUUCAUACACGCAUUCCAUCUGUAGCCUGGACCCAAGUUUUGGGCCAAGACAAGCCAAGAAUCACCUGCAGUCUGCAAAAGGGUGGGGACCAGAAGCUCCUUAAUGGGCUUCUGGACACCGGGGCAGAUGUGACGGUCAUUCCUUCUAGGGAGUGGCCGUCGCAAUGGGAAUUGAAAACCGUGGCGGGACGCAUCCAAGGUGUGGGUGGCGUUCAAUUGGCAAAACAGUCUAAAGGCAUUGUCCAAAUUACGGGGCCUGACGGGCAAUUGGCUUCUGUACGCCCGUUUGUUUUAGAUUUUACAGAGCCCCUGUGGGGACGGGACCUGUUAUCCCAAUGGGGAGCCAAAAUUGACCUUCCACCGGCUCCCCAGGUUUUUCGGGUUGCGGCCAUUGAGGAGCGCCCUACCCAGAAACUCAAUUGGAAAACCGAUUCUCCUGUCUGGGUAGAGCAAUGGCCGCUUUCCAAACAAAAAUUAAAGGCGCUCCAGGAGCUCGUGGAUGAGCAGCUGUCCAAGGGUAAUCUAGUUGAGACCACCUCGCCGUGGAACUCACCAGUUUUUGUCAUCAAGAAACCCAAUAAGGACAAGUGGCGGCUCCUCCACGACCUCCGAAAAAUUAAUGAAGUAAUAGAAGAGAUGGGUCCCCUCCAACCAGGGAUGCCCUCCCCGACAAUGCUACCUAAAGAAUGGAAUCUGGCAGUUAUUGAUAUAAAAGAUUGUUUCUUUCAAAUUCCACUCCACCAGGAUGAUGCGCCACGCUUUGCCUUCUCGGUUCCGACCAUCAACCGAGAAGCCCCAAGGAAGCGAUACCACUGGCGAGUUCUUCCACAGGGCAUGAAGAACAGCCCAGUCAUUUGCCAGUGGUAUGUCGCUUCCUUGCUGUCCCCGGUGAGGGCCGCGGCACCAAAUGCGAUAAUAUACCAUUAUAUGGACGACAUACUCGUGUGUGCUCCGACAGACGACGAACUUGUCCAUAGCCUCGACCUCACAACCAAUGCGUUGGUUGCUGCAGGGUUCGAGCUCCAACAAGACAAAAUUCAGAGGAUGCCACCUUGGAAGUACUUGGGCCUGCAAAUUGACAAAACCACCAUAACACCUCAAAAGAUUCAAAUCAAGAAUUCAAUUCGGUCCCUUGCAGAUGUCCAGCAACUGUGUGGAUCCUUGAACUGGGUGAGGCCUUGGCUAGGAAUUCCUACGGAAGACCUAGCCCCCCUUUUCAAUUUAUUGAAAGGGGGAGAAGAGCUCAGUUCUCCAAGGUCUCUCACCCCAGAGGCACAGAUUGCGCUCGAGAAAAUCCAAAAAUCCAUCUCCAACAGACAGGCACAUCGCUGUGUGCCUGGAUUGCCAUUCCAAUUUAUCAUUCUCGGAAAACUGCCACACCUCCAUGGACUCAUCUUCCAGUGGGAGGCUUCCACCAAAAAGGAUCGAAAGGCUAAGGACCCCCUCUUAAUCAUAGAAUGGGUGUUCCUUAGCCAUCACAGAUCCAAAAGAAUAACGCGGCCACAAGAGCUGUUAGCGGAACUGAUCCGAAAGGCUCGCCUUCGGAUCAGGGAGCUAGCAGGUCAGGAUUUUACAUGCAUAUACCUUCAGGUUAGACUAUCCAUUGGACAUUUUACAAAAACUAUGCUGGAACACUUGUUGCAGGAAAACGAAGAGUUACAAUUUGCGCUCGACAGUUACACCGGACAAAUCUCUAUUCAUCCACCCUCGCACAAAUUCUUCAAUUCGGAAUUCAGCUUUUCUCUAAAAUCGGUUCAGAGUAAAACCCCCUUGAAGGCUCUGACAGUUUUUACUGACGCGUCCGGGGCUUCUCACAAGUCAGUCAUUACUUGGAAGAACCCCCAAACUCAGCGGUGGGAAGCCGACAUUAAGCAGGUGGAAGGUUCACCUCAAGUGGCUGAGUUGGACGCUGUCGUCCGAGCUUUCAGGAGGUUCCCUGAACCAUUCAAUUUGGUUACAGAUUCUGCGUAUGUAGCCGGUGUAGUUGUCAGAGCUGAAAAUGCAAUCCUGCAAGAAGUUUCCAAUGUAUCUUUGAACCGCUUGCUCUCCGAAUUAGUACGAUUGGUUUCCCACCGAGAGCAACCGUAUUAUGUUAUGCAUGUAAGAUCCCAUACCGACCUGCCGGGGUUCAUCACGGAGGGCAACAGGAGAGCUGAUGCUCUUGCUGCGCCUGUCCAGAUGGCCCCAACUCCUGAUGUGUUCCGCCAGGCAAAAAUCAGCCACCAGCUUUUCCAUCAGAAUGCGCCUGGCUUGGUCCGCCAAUUCCAUCUAAGCCGUGACCAGGCCAAGGCCAUCGUGGCCACAUGCCCCCACUGCCAGUCCUUUCAACUCCCCUCCAUUCCAUCUGGGGCGAACCCUCGGGGUUUACAGAGUUGCGAAGUGUGGCAGUCAGAUGUAACACAUAUCGCGGAAUUUGGCAAAACGAAGUUUGUACAUGUGUCUGUCGACACUUUCUCGGGCGCAGUGUUUGCCUCUGCCCACACAGGGGAAAAGGCAAAAGACAUCAUCAAACAUUUACUGCUAGCCUUUUCCUCGCUGGGCAUCCCAAAAGAAUUAAAAACAGAUAAUGGCCCAGGUUACAAGUCCAAGGAGUUGGAGACUUUCCUGCAGCAAUGGGGAAUAGUGCAUAAGACCGGCAUCCCCUAUUCCCCGACGGGUCAGGCUAUUGUGGAGAGGACUCAUCAGAGCCUCAAGAGGGUCCUUGCGCAACAACGAGAGGCGAUGAAGACUGAGUCCCCCCAGCCCGAAGACCCAUUGAAGAUGUUGCUCACCAUCAUGCAUGUCCUGAUCCUGUGGACCAUCUUUCCAGCUACGAGUCCCUGGAUCGUCCCCCAGCCCAAGAAAAACGUAUGGAGAACUCUUGCUGACGCCCUCGGCCAAGACCAUCUGUGCCUCACCACGACCUCGGCAGCCGACCCUCUCUCCACUUGCCUUGUGGGGAUCCCAGUUUCUCUAGCUGGCCUCCCUGAACCCCUACAUACAUCCCUCACCCAUUUCGAUAAUAAAAUUCAACGUACCCGUGGUUCUUCCCCAAAUGCCGGCUGGAGAAGGUUCUUGACAGAGUUAAACAUCAGUAAGUCAGAACCUCAGGAAUUUAAGUUGUUAGGCUCCUCCGCGGCCGAUUUAUGUUUUCAGUUUUUGCCAUUCCCUGAACCUGGUGCGGAAAAGUCCGCUUACCAUCCUGGACUUGAAUACAAAGCAGAAAAUUGGUGCAAUUCAGUUGUUGAAAUUUCUAUGUCCAUCACCCCUUGGAGACAACCCCGCUCCAUCCCAAAAGGAUUUUUCAUGAUUUGCGGAGACAGAGCCUGGGCUGGCAUCCCCUCUUCUUUUGUAGGAGGUCCAUGUACGUUCGGCAGGAUGUCGCUGUUUAGCCCCAACAAAACUCAAAUUUCUAAUUGGCAAAGAAUGAAAGUCGCAAACAAUUCGGUAAGAGUCCCUCGGGACCUAAAAGAAUUAGAUUCCACCUGCGACUCCGAAAUUAUCCAUUGGUCGCAACCUGAAAGUGUGGCAUGGACCAUCUUUUUGCCUUGGGUUUCCAUUGCCAAAUCUCUAGGUGAAUUGGCCCACCUAGAGUGUUGGGUCGCAAAACAAGCAAAUUAUACAUCCUCAGCCUUAAGUGAACUCCUACAAGAUGAAGAAAUCACAAGGCAAGCGACCUUGCAGAAUCGUGCAGCAAUUGAUUACCUACUACUGCUGCAUGACCACCACUGCGAGGAGUUUGAGGGACUGUGCUGUCUGAAUUUGUCAUCGCGUGCUGAGGACGUCAGGACCUCCAUCAGGAACAUCCAAGACAUGGUCCACAAAGUUAAACAGAAGACGGUUGAUUGGCUGGGGGACCUUUUUGAAGGAUGGGGUCUAUCGGGCUGGGCAGCUUCUGUUUUAAAGAGUGUUUUAUUAAUAUUGUUUGUAAUUUUAAUAGUCAUUAUUUCAGUUUCAUUAGUUUGGACCAUCUUAAAGAGACUUUUAAUCAAGCUAACUUCCACUGCCUCCGUCAACCGAGUCGCCUUCGUAGAAGAAGAAAAUCAUCAAAACAUCAACGAUUAUGAAGAUAUGCAAGUUUCCGCGGACCCUCAAGAGUUAAUUAAAUCAGACUCUUCGUCGGAGGACAGCGUUUAAUUUCCUACAUCCCCCUCCUCCCUCUUUUGAUUUUUUUAAACAAAAAAGGGGGAGAUGUAGUGGUCUGCUAAUUUUUCAAAAUUUUGUAUUAUGUUAAAUUGUAUAUUGGUUAUCAUAGUUCUGUAGGUUAUGCUCCGGUCCUCUCUCUCUCCCUCUCCAAGGGCCCUUGAUCGCCCUGUCUGUCUCCCUGUUCUCCUCCCCUUUCCCCUCCCAGUUCUUUAAUGUUACAAUGUUUACCCUGCCCUGAGCCCUUGUCCGUCACAGGGAACCACCCCUUUCUUUCCAGAAGCUUCUGGGAAAGUAGUUCUGUGAUUGGUUCAAGGGCCAGGGCCACUCCCUAGGAAUGCCCCCAUUGGAUUCCCACAAUUGUUAAUCAUAUUUCCCCUCCCCAGUUCUCGCUUCUAAUUGGUUGUCCGGCUCUGUAUUUAAUCCCUUGUCAGGCUCGAGGUUAGUCGAGUCCUCGACAGACACCCCACCCUGCAUUAAACCUCCCGUGUUUGACACCGCUGUCAGGCCUCCGUUUCUUCUUCCUCUUGCGGGUUGCAGCCACCUUACAACAUCUCCGUCUCUGCGGAUCCUCUGUCCCCAAGGCGAAAGCCUUAGGCGCCCUCCUCGGGAAAGCUUCACCUGUGGGAGAGUGCCCCCAGUGCUGCCGGCGGUGCUGGCCGAGCUAGCUGGGACAUUCCAUCAUUGAGGAAGCCAGCAGCCGUCGCUGCAAUACUGUCUUCUUCUUUUAUCUUUGCAUAGGAGAUGUGGUUGUUUUAUCGUCAUUUUAAAUGACUAAUGUUGUUGUGCAGAAUUGUGUUUUGAUCCAUCUCAGUACAUCCAAAAUAACUAGCCCCACUGGCUUACUGUUCUGAAAUGCCACUAACCUUCUGAAAUACACUUGCUUCUUUUUUGAGGACUGUUUGCAGAUUGUCAUAAUAUCAAAAUAUUACUAAAUCAGGUAUUGAGAAAGAGAGCUCAAAUGGAGCAUAUGGGACCAAAUGUGCCUGAGCAUAGUGCCAGGUUUAUAUGCCCCUAGCCCGGUUAGUGUGCCUGAAGAAAUGUUACAAAAGGAUGGGCUGGGCUCUGUAUUUACAGCUGCUCUUGACUACUCAUAAUGGCCAGUCACUGAAGCUAGUGCUUUCCAUAAAAUCUGAAAACAAGAAACAAAGGAUAAUCCCUGACUUCAUUAAAACCAUAGCAGGGGAAGGAAGUAGUGCUGGAAGGGAUUUUGAGAGUGUGUCUGGGUUCUCAUCAUAUCUCAACCUCUGAUCAGCUGCCCCUGAUGUAAUGCAAUAAGCUGGUCAGAGACCUGCAGUGGUGGAGAUUUCAGAGUGUCUCUGGGUGGCAGCAGUCCUUACUUAACUGGUCUGGUAAGCAGGAAAUUUCCUAAUACCUAACCUAACUGGUACACAUGGAAAGUAGGUUCUCCCUUUCCUCUUGAUAUAGGCAAACUCCUCUC